CCUGGCCGCCACGUCUUCCCAGCUGCCGCUCCAUUUGUCGCCGAUGCCGGCCUCUUCGUCCGCGGCGAUCGAUAAAGCAUAGCGCUAUCUCACGUGCCAGCCGGGCUGCAUACCUCUGCCACUGUGCUUCAUCGGUUUCUUUAACUCUGCUUGCUAUCUAUAUAGAGCAAGGGACGGGGUUUGCAGUUGAGGCCCAGCCACAUUAAACCGAAGGAAGAAUAGACGUCUGCCAUUUCUCGUUUGCUCAAGUCUUCUCUGCCUAGGUAGCUGUCAAAGGCUGUGUGAGUAAGGAAAACGUGGUAGCUUGAAAAUGUGCGGCGGAGCUGUUAUCGCCGACUUCGUCCCGGCCGCUGCCCGCCGCCCUGAUGGCUCCUCCACCGACGUCCCCGGCUCCAGCCUCACCGGUGAGGAGGUGACGGAGAAAGCGCCGGCGCCAGCGCGGAAGACGGCGUACCGUGGGAUCAGGCGCCGGCCAUGGGGCCGCUGGGCUGCGGAGAUCCGGGACCCUAGGAAGGGUGCGCGCGUGUGGCUGGGCACCUACGCUACCGCGGAGGAGGCCGCGCGCGCCUACGACGUCGCGGCGCGCGAUAUCCGCGGGGUGAAGGCCAAGCUCAACUUCCCGCCCGCCGUGGGCGCGCCGCAGGCGGCGGUGGCGGGGGCGCCCAAGAAGCGUCCGAGGGUCGCGGCAGAGGAGAGCUCUGCGUCUUGGUCUCCACUUCCGGGCACAGCUACCGGCGUCGGCAGCACGGACAGCCUGCGGGAGAGCAUGUCCGGGCUGGAGGCGUUCCUGGGGCUGAAGGACGCCGCCGGGGACGACGACGUCCAGCCCUGGGAGGCCGUCGAUAUCAUCUUCGAGUAGUCGUGUGCCGUCGCCACAUACCGACCGCUCUUGCGGGGUCCAUAGGUACAUUUGCCGAUAAAUAAGCGGUCGUUCGGCUUUCCUGGGCUUCGUGAGGCAUAUCCAGGUCAUUUGUACUGGAAUGUAUGUAAGUCGAGCACGACUAUCACAAAUGCGGACAAGGUUUAAGAAAAGUGGUAUUUUCAGCCUAUCGGGUUUAAGAUGAGGAAAUGUUUUGUUGACGACGAUACUUCUACGAUGACUUAAUAAUAUCAAGAUGACAUGUGUUCAGUCUUU